AUGUCUGCCGAGCCCCACAAGUACUGGCCGUCGGUCGGCACGACCUACCCGCACUGGGCCGACCUCCUCCUCGCGACCCAACUCGCCGCAGCUCGAGCCGGCUUCAACUACCUCGGCCGGUACUUCGACCAGCGCAGGCCAGCCCAGCUGUCGAUCGUCUGCAUGGUGCACUCGACGCAAAUGCGCGCGAGCGGCUGCACGCACUCGCUUAUCGAGGCGGUCGCUGUCGACUCCAAGGACGCCAUGAGCGGGUGGAGGGUCAGCAAGGUCAACGCGCAGCACCUCGACGCACAGCGCCAUCCCGGCCACACGCUCAGCCGUGGCCUAUCUUCCUGGCUCAAGAAGCGACCUGCCGACCUCGUCCUGAAGCCCGGCGACACGGUUACCGGCUUCCGCGACCUGCACACGAUCGAGGGCGCCCUGCGGGCGCAGAACCGGCGCCAAGGCCGCUUUCUCGCGGGCCGCGUUGCCCCAACCGCCAAGUCGGCGAGCUGUGAAGGCUACCAGAUCAACUGCGUGCUCGACACCUCUCGCUGCACCUUCUUCGUCCGCUUCGAGGGGCUCAGCACAGACCUCGACGGCGAGCGGACGUGGCGCUGCGUUGAGGUCCGCAGCGAGCACUCGUGCGUCUCGACGGCAAAGCCGCUCAGCGAGAAGCUCCAGUGGCGCCUCAACUUCUGGGUGACGCUCGUCGACGGCGCCCUCGGCAAGCCCGUCCGGCAGAGCGCCCCCAGCACCGAGGAGCACGAGGUGGUCAGCGACCGCUUCAUCGGGCCGUUCCCGAUGCUCUCCCUCCCCACUCUCCCAACGUACCGCUCCUCGUCGCCGCCGCUCAUGCCCGCUCUCGCCGACGCCGACUCGUCCGACUCGCCCACCGCCCUCGCCUCCCUCCUCCCCAACCGCCAGGCGCUCGCCUCGGCCGAGAAGGAGCUCGCCGACGCGUCGACCGCCGUCGACAAGCUCAAGAGCGACCUCGCCGCCGCCGAGAAUCGCGCCGACGUGCAGCGGGGGCGCGUCGAGAAGAAGCGCGCCAAGCUCCAGCGCCGGCUCGAGCGCGAGCGCAGCAAGAGGAAGUCGGUCAAGGAGGGGCCGAGGUCCAAGGACAAGAAGCGCGACGUCAAGCGGGCCGGCGAGCGCAAGAAGAAGGCCGAGAUGCUGGCCCUGAGCGACUAGACGCUGUAGAAGAGCACGUACUGCGAUCCCGACGAGUCUUUGUCCCAUU